AUGCUGAAAAAUCUGGAGAUUCUCCAAGUGCAGUCGAAUAAACUAUCAUCUCUGCCCGACAGCUUGGUUGGCUGUACUUCACUGAAGACGCUCAAUAUUUCGGCUAAUAGCUUCACGCAAUUUCCUGUGGUUGCUUGUCACUUGAUGUCACUGGAAACGUUAAAUCUUGCUCAGAAUACUAUCAGCGAACUUCCGGAUGAGGUAAGCUCGCUGAACGCAUCCGAGGUGAACUUGAAUCAGAAUCGCCUCAAUUUCCUCAAUGCUGAUGCUCUUGCCAAAUGUCCUCAUUUGAAAAUUCUCCGGGUCGAAGAGAAUUGUCUUGCCAAAAAUGAAUUCACUGUCAGUCUUCUCAAACACUCUCCUGUUAGUAUUAUAAGCUAUUCGGGUAAUAUUUUCCAAGAUCGAGAAUUCCAAGAUUUACCCGGAUACGAGGACUACCAGGAACGUUUUACUGCGACGCGACGAAAAAUGUGA